UGAUGAACGCGGAACGCCUGAACCAUAUCACUGAAGAGCACAAAACCGUCCUGAUACCUCAACUCGCCGAUGAUUUCCUCAACGGCAAGUUCUAACCCUAACUCCGUCGCCUCCCUCAACAUAAAACACAGGUCAUCCAUCUCCCUAACAAAAUUCGCAUCUUUUUUGACAUCCAGCUCUCUUCCCACUGCCCCUUCAACAAAUCCCCCAUCCAUCGCCAACAAACAAUCCUUCUCCUCUCAACGCCUUCUACCAAUCUUCAAACCCUCAUGGAAUUCAAACAAGCUCAAAGAAUCCCAUCAAAUACUGGCCCAAAUCUGCAAGCUGGGCGGUACUGUCCACGCCCGCCAACUACUCGAUGUAAUGCCAAAACAAAAAAUAAACCUCCAUCCAAAGAAGAGGGAGGCAUAUGAGAAGGCGAGAGAGCUGCACACAGCAAUAAGAGAAGCAGGGUACGUGCCUGAUACGAGAUUCGUGCUCCACGAUAUUGAUGAAGAAGCUAAGGAGAAGUCGCUGAUGUACCACAGCGAGCGGCUGGCGAUCGCCUAUGGCCUCAUCGGCACCCCGCCGGGGACGACGCUGAGGAUUAUGAAGAAUCUGAGAAUCUGUGGGGAUUGCCAUAAUGCAGUGAAGAUCAUGUCUAAGGUUGUGGAGAGGGAGAUCAUUGUGAGGGACAACAAGAGGUUUCAUCAUUUCAGGGACGGUAUGUGCUCAUGUGGCGACUACUGGUGACAUUUUGUUAUGAUUUGUGUGGUAAUUUGGAAAUAUCGGAAUGUUUUUCUUCUCUUUUUUGCUGCAAAUUCUUGAGCUUUAAAACUUCUUAGCUUUUUUUGUUGUUGUUAAAUCAUCCUCAAGAUCAAGAGAUAGGAAUCUGAUAAAAAUAUGGGUCUGUUUGGUUGCAAGAAUUUUAACAGAUUUUCAG